AUGUUAUCAACAGUUAAAGAAGGGGCUAAACAAAUGGUGAAGCUUUUAGAAAAGUUUCCACAGGAAAGAAUGAAGCACAUGAUUUCUUUUAAACAAACACAAUUAGAUAGAUUUAGACGUGUAGCGGGGUUGCAGGUAGAUAAUAAAAUAGACUCCAACGAACCUAACUUGUCCAUUAAUGAAAUAAAAGAUAUGUUAAAUAGAAGUAAAGGUCCAUUAGGAUUACAGCGAGAUGUUUUAAAAAAGAUUCAGGCAGUUAUACCAAGAGACCAAUUUACAGAACAAGAUUUGAAAAGGCAGAUCUCUUCCCUUGAGAAUAUAAUGUCUAAUAAAUAUAAGGAUUAUUAUGACGUUGGAGAUAAAUUGUAUAAACCUGCAGGAAAUCCUAAUUACUAUGUAAGACUAAUGGAUGAAAUUAAUGGCAAAAAGAAGGAAACAUUCAUAAGUGCAAUGAAAGUAAUAUUCUUUGGUAAAUAG